AUGACCAUCGUAGCAAAUGUAGAUGAUAUAAACGAUACAUCAUCAUCGCAAAAAUUAACAUCAAAACGUACGAUAGCAACAUUAAUUAAUAGUUAUGAUACACAACAACAAAUUAUCAAUAAUAGUGUCACCGUUACGGACAAAUAUGUUCAUCAGUCAAAACAAUCAGCGAAACUUGAAACAGCAAAAAUAAUAAGCCCAAGAACAAGAGUAGAUAUACGUCCAAUGACAACAACAACGGAUUUAAAUAAAAAUUCAAAUCGACGAUUCGAUGAUAGAAAACCUACUAAUAUAACGACUACCACUGCUAUGAACAAGUGCAACAGGAUUUUAUCUACUAAAACACAAACAUCGAUAAAAAAACUACCAGAUCCUUAUGACACAGAAUCGGAACUCAACUCAACUGAUAUUCAGAAACAACAGGUUGAAGAAGCUAUUUUGAUUACAAAACAAAAGAACAGUAAUAAUUCUAGUAGUGAUGGUUUAGUUGAGUCCAAGUGCCAUCAACCAUCAACACAUCGAUUUUCCAUUACUAAACAGCCAUUACAUCAACGAACACCGACUCCUUUGAAAAAAAUGAUGAAUGGUGGUAGACAAGGUCGCCAGCAAGAUGAUGAGAAUAGAGAUGAGGAAAUAGAACAAAUAGAAAAAUUCGACGAAAAUGAUAUUUGUGUUGACGAGGAAAAUAUUGGUGAAUCACAGCAGAAAACGACUUUAACAAACCGUAGUCCAGGAUGUAGGAUACGUGCUAGUCCUUUGACAUCAUUAACAAAAAAAAUAAAUGUUAUGUACAAUACACCAACAAAUUUAUCGAAUAAUUCAAUGUUUCAGGGUAAUGGUGAUCGUUUGAUAACGUGUGAAAAGCAACAAAAAUUAGAUCGUACAUUACUCAGACGUCGACAACGUUCAAAAGAACAACAACAUGAUGCCUCAGUUUUAGGUAAUGAACAAACAAGUAUUACAUGGACUAUUGUGUUAUAUAUUAUUGCCACAUUAAUUAUAUUAUUCAUAUGUCAUCGAUUUCUUAUUUCGGUUUGGCCUAAACGAAGAAAAACAUUCAUCGAACAAAUGUGUGAUUAUUUAACCGAUUUCUUUACUAAUUGA